AACGAGUGUGUGACAGGAAAACACCAGUGCGAUUUCGCCAGUUCAUUGUGCUAUAACACUCUAGGAUCUUUUGGGUGUGUCUGUCGGAAGAGGUAUCAGUCCAAAAGUGGACAACAUAUUGUACAGGUAACAUGUCAAGAUCUUUAAAUUGAAACACUCAUAUUAGAUAUUUUGUAGCGACGUCUCUUUGGCGUUAAUUUCCGCCCUUCGAAAGUUGUUUUCAACUAAAAUCGCGUUAUUUAAGUCGAGUUAAUUUCCGAUACCUUCAUUGUUAUUUUCAUGGAGCGUUAAUUUCCUAUAAAAAGGCAGGAAUAUAAUUGUUAUUCUAAUAGGCCAUUUUAUUUUUCAAGUUGACUCAAGCCUCUGUCUUAAAACGAGGCUAAGUGCGAAGCCUUUGACACAAAAAUGAAUUUUACAGGAGAAAAGUUUAGAAAUUGACCUCGUUUUGAAAGUGAAGAUUUUUGGAACUCGGAGAUAGCCUAUGAUAUUGAUCUCACUAAAAUAGCUAUUGCAGUAGGUCACAGUUACUUGGAAUUAUAGAAAAACUAAAUCAGUUUUAAUUAUUCAGUAUCUGACUUCGUAAUUGCAGAUAUAAAUGAGUGUGAAACAGGAAAGCACAACUGUGACGCAAACGCUAUCUGCAGUAACACAAUAGGAUCCUUUGUGUGCACUUGCAAGCCAGGGUAUUCUGGGAAUGGAGUUAAAUGCACAGGU